AUGGCUGCGAAGAUAUUAUUGAAAGAAACGAAGUCGCUGUCGGGUAUUGAGGCGGCUGCGGCGGCUGAGACGGAGACGAGUGUGUCGUCGGUGAAGUGUUGUUGCUGCGGGCUGAUGGAGGAGUGCACGGAAGAGUACAUUGUUCGCGUGAGGGAGAGGUACGAGGGUCGUUGGAUUUGUGGGCUGUGUUCUGAGGCAAUUAAGGAAGAGAGAUUGAGGUCUGAGAGAGAGAAGAUGAUAACUAAUGAAGAAGCUUUGAAGCGACACAUGAUGUUCUGUCAAAAGUUCAUGAGUUCUUCCAAUCCUCCAAACGAGGAUUUCAUACUUGUAAUGAAGCAGAUCCUUUUUCGCACUUUGGAUUCUCCAAGGAAAGACCGUUUCACAUGUCGUCCUCUUGGUAGAUCUCACAGUUGCUUUUCAACAAUGCAGGGAACUCCGACACAGGCAGAGACACACUCAGAUCACUGA